AUGCCGUCCAAUUCCUCCACUGGGCCUGGACCCGCCAGCGCUGCUAACUCAGGUCAUGCUUCGUACGCGACAGCUGCAGCCUCGGAUCCUGUUUCGCGCCAAGGACAAGACGCCGACUCUGCUUCUGCUCUGCCCAAAAAGAAGAAGAAGACGCAUCGUGGUGGAAAGAAGAGGCGCAAUCGUCGCCCAUCCUUUGCCGCAGGAGCCGAUCUGCCACAGGCUGACUCAAUGGAUGAGCGUCCCACCCUCGCCAACGCCGCCAGCCACGGCCAGUCACGAGGGAGCAGCAGCUUCUACCGCACCCACAGCAAUCUCAGCAACACCAGCCUCGAGAGUGAAGCCCUGCUGGACCACCGCGAACAGCCCACCAUCCGGACGCGUCGUCCAAGCGUGCCUGUGACGUCCAUGUACCCGCCUCGGGGGAGCCAGCCCACCCCCAACCCUCAACGCCUGCAGCCCUCGAAACCAGCAAACUCGUACGGAAGGUCGCGCCUCUCACAUACCCCCGACCUGCUUCACCACAGCGAUGCCGCCGACGACGACGAAGACGACGACACCAACGACAGGACCCCCUUGAUGAGCUCCUCUGUUCGUGACAUCAGGUCAGGCACAAGCUAUGGCUCAAACGGCGGUAAUGCACGUAGCAGGAGCGGCACGUCCUUGUCUGCUCCCAAGCACAUGACGAUGCCUGAACACCGACCCGACCUCUUCACCCAGCACCAUCACUCUGCCACAAACCUCAACGACUACGAUGUUAACAACCCCCCGUCCGUGCCCACCAGCCCGACCUUUGAACCCCACUCCGGACUGGACGAUGUCAUGAUCCCAACAGAUCUCGACCACAUGUCCGAUCCCGGCCGACCCAGCAGCAGAAGUCGCGAUGCAUUGAUCAACAUUGACGGGGACGAACAUGGAGGCUCGCCUCCCUCUGCUGGCGACUUGAGACGUCGUAUGACCACAACGGCACUUGAAGAUGUCUGUUUCCCACACGAGGCCAUGUCUGAAAUAGGACACGAGGAUUAUAUGAACGCGCCGACGACUGGUGAGCCUACGAGCCGACGGAGACGCCGCCGCUGGCCUGAUCUCGACGUACUACAGGCAUGGGCAAACCAGGAGAAGGAGCAGCGGACCAUGGACGGCAUGCGCAUGCGCAAGGUUAGCGAACCGCUCAUGGUCGAAGGCCGUCUGCGUCCCAGACGGCGCGUCUGGCACCGUGAGGCGAGCGAUGCACCCUAUCGAUUUACUUAUUUUAACGAAACCUUUGACAAUACCAUUCAUAGUCAAAGCAUCAGCGAACUGCUGCAGCCCGGUCAAAGUUUCAGGAAUCUGUUUGUCCCGGAUCCCCCAAUUAUCGAAGACACUAGCGAUAGCUCUGAUACGGAGGAUGAUAUGCUACACUCGGGUACCAAUGGACAUAAUUCGCGAUCGGCUUCCAAAGUGGACGGCAAGCACUCGUCUGGAGAGCAGACACGCUCCACGACGCCGCGUCCAGCAGAAACACCAAAGGCUGAGGACGAGAAACCGAAGCGCUACGGCCCACGACCUGCGUGGUGGCUGGAUGUCAUGUCGCCCACGGAGACGGAGAUGAAGGUCAUUUCCAAGACGUUUGGCAUUCACCCCUUGACAUCCGAGGACAUCUUGAUGCAGGAACAACGCGAAAAGGUCGAACUCUUCAAGCACUACUACUUCAUCAACUAUCGAACGUUUGAGCAGGAUGAGAACAGUGAAGACUAUCUGGAUCCCGUCAACCUGUACGUUGUUGUGUUCCGGGAAGGUGUAAUAAGCUUCCACUUUUCCUUGACACCGCACCCUGCAAACGUUCGUCGCCGCAUCCGCCAAUUGUCAGACUACCUGGUUCUGUCGCCUGAUUGGAUUUCGUAUGCCAUAAUUGACGAUGUGACGGACGCGUAUGCACCCAUGAUCCAGAAGAUUGAGGAAGAAGUCGACGACAUUGACGAAGCCAUUCUGCGUCUUCACUCGAGCGAUGAAGAACAAGAGGCGGAGAAGGAAAAGAAUCACAGCUACAACAACCCGCACUACAAGGAUCCGCCUGAGGUCAAGUCCCAGCAGGACACGGGCCGAGACAUGCUGCGUCGGGUAGGCGAGUGCCGAAAGAAGGUUAUGAGCCUGUACCGGCUGUUGGGCAACAAGGCCGAUGUCAUCAAGGGAUUUGCAAAGAGAUGCAACGAGCAGUGGGACAUUGCACCUCGCAACGAAAUCGGCAUGUAUCUUGGAGAUAUUCAAGAUCACAUUGUUACCAUGACUGGCAACUUGAGCCACUAUGAAAAUCUUCUUUCUCGCGCGCAUAGCAACUACCUGGCGCAGAUCAACAUCCGGAUGAAUGAGCGACAAGAAAAGACGUCUGACAUUCUGGGCAAGCUAACGGUGUUGGGUACUAUUGUGCUGCCCAUGAAUGUUGUGACGGGUAUCUGGGGCAUGAACUGCCUUGUGCCCGGACAAGAUAUUCAAAACCUCAACUGGUUCUGGUCCAUUACUGGGGGCCUUAUUACGUUUGGUCUGGCUUGCUACUUUAUUGCAAAGCGGGUUUACGGCAUUGUUUAA